CUGCUCUGCAACGCGCCGUUGCUAUGACACGAAGUCAAAACGAACCUCUCAGUGGCUAGAAGUUAUCAGCCGGGGCAGACAUGACAGAAAGUGUUGAAGAAUCUCUUAUUUCAAGCUCAAAUGGUUCACAUAGGUCAAAAUCAUGGAGAUACAGAACAAAAGCCUUGAAUUCACAGGUGGAUGAAAGCUUGUUUGGUGUAAAGAAAACAACAAAAAAUGAAAGCCCAAUAGUGCAGAAGAUUGAGAAUGGCCGGCGUAAGGCAGUGUCUGCACCCACAGGAGGCCACAAGCCUGAGACCAUCCAGAUCAUUACUAGUGACCUGAUUCGAGAACUUAUAGUGCCCGCAGAGGAUCCAUCUGGUAAGUCCUUAAUAAUGACUGCUAUGGAUUUCCAAAGAAUAAGAUCGGCAGCACGUGUCCGGACCAAAGAAGAGCGUGAGGUGGCAAUGCAGGCUGUGAGAGAGGAGAAAGAAGCUGUCAUUGAAGCUGUGAAUGAACGUAAAAAUUUUAUGAAAUACAAGGAAAUGCACCGCAAGAAGAAUGAAAAACUUAGUGAUCUGGAAGAGGAAGCCCAGAAGAGGGCACAAUAUUUACUUGAGAAAGCUAACACACUACGCAUGGAACAGGAAGAUGAGAUCAAGACACUAAAUGAGAUGAUUCUGCAUGCAAAGUGCCAUGCCAUCAGGGACGCUCAAAUCUUAGAGAAGAAGGUGAUAUCAAGUGAGAUUGAAGAAGAAAUAAAGAGGUUGGACCAGAUGAUGGAAGUAGAGCGUCAGAAAGCAAUAAAGAUGCAAGAGGAGACUGAAGAGAAGAGGAAGCAAGAACAGAUUCGAGGAAAGUUUCAAAUUAUCCAGCAGAUAGAGGAAAAUGAGGAGUCCAGGAUUUUACGAGAGGAACAAAGGGAUCAGGAGGCUCGACAGAUGCUAGAUUACUUAGACGAUCUUCAGAUUCAAGACUACAAGGAGAUGGAGAAAAAAAGAAAAGAGCAACUAGAAAUUCAAGCUGAGGUCAAACGCAUCAAUGCUGAAAAUGAAAAGAGAAAAAAAGAGGAGAAGGAGCGCGAGAAAAUGAUGGACCUGCGUGUCCUGGAGUAUACUAAACAGAAACUGGCCAGAGAAGCUGAAUUUGAGGCAGAACAGUUAAAAAUCAAGAAAGAAAAGGAGAAAGAAGUUGCCCGUCUCCGAGCCUUACAAGAAAGAGCCACCGACUAUCGUGCAGAGCAGGAUGCUCUAAGAGCAAAAAGAAACCAGGAAGCCAUGGAAAGAUCCUGGCGCCAAAAAGAAAAGGAAAGUGCAUUUAAACAAGCAGAGACAAAUGCCAUGCUGAAGCAUACACGAUUUGAGCAGAUUGCUCAGAAAGAGCACUUCCUGGCCGUGCAGGCAGAAAGGGAUCGGGCAGAGUUUGAAAGAGUGUUAAGAGUGCAAAAAGAUCUCAUUGAAAAGCAACGUACCGAGCAGGAAGAAAAGGCAUCUCUUUUGAUGAAGCACCAAGCAGAGCUGCGGCGCCAAGUGCGGGAGAAUGAGCAAAAACAGGUCAUAAAACGCAUUGAGUUCUUUGAAGAAGGCAAGAAACUGGCUGAGGAAGCCCGUCAGCGCAGGGUACGUCUGGAUGAACUGAAGCAGAAGAAGCUGGACGAGCUGAAAAUGGCCGGUCUGCCAGAUAAAUACUGCUCAAUGGUGUCUCGAAAAGCUAAUCAGCUGACAGCUGUUGAGCACUAAACACACUGAUCCAUCACAGAAGGCAUCGGAUUGAAGACCAGCCCGUCUAUGUGAACACCGCUCUUGUUGAUUUAAUAUUUUACGUUUAAAUGUAAACUUUGCUUAAUCCAGCUGAAGUUUUAAAUUGGUAAAAUAACAUACAGCCAAUGGCAUUUUUACCUAAUAAAAUACAAAUAUUUAAUGACC